AUGGCAACUCGCCCCAUCUUGUCCGGUUUACUUCGAGCAAACAUCCCUCGUCUCAACGCGGUAUCUUUAACCAACACCACCACCACCACCCUACCUAUCAGCAACAGACUCACCUUCUCCUUCUCCACCCCCCACACCAAAACAAGAACCAUGGCCACCUCAACCACCCUCCCCGAGACCAUGCGCACCCUCCUCCAAGCCUCACGCACAUCCACCGAGGUCAUCUCCACCACCCACCCCGUCCCCACGCCCAGCCACCCCGACGACGUGCUCGUCCGCGUGCACGCCGCGGCCCCUUGCGCAGGCGAACUCCUCUGGGCGAUCAACUUCCCCGAGUCAGUCCCGCCGGGCAAGGUGAUGGUACCCUGCCAGGACCUAGCGGGCAGCGUCAUCACGGCCCCCCGCGACAGCGGGUUCGCGCCCGGCGACCGCGUCUACUGCCGCAUCGACGCGGGGCGGGCGGGCGCGGCGCGCGAGUACGCCCUCCCGCGCGCGAGCGAGCUGGCUAAGAUCCCGGCGAGCUUGGGUUGGGUGGAGGGCGCGGCCACGCCGCUGAGCGCGCUGACGGCGUGGCAGGCGCUGUUUGACCAGGGGACGCUGGAUGCGAAGGGGAUUAAGGGGGAUGCGGCGGCGCGGGAGCGCAACGGGAAGAUUAGGGUGCUGGUCACGGGCGCGGGUGGGGGGGUGGGUGGUUGGGUGGUGCAGCUCGCUGCGCGGGCCGGCGCGAAGGCGGUGGUGGCUGUCUGUGGGACGGACAAGGAGGAGGCCGUGCGCAAGUUGGGCGCGACUGAGGUUGUUGACUACACCAAGACGUCGCUGGAGGGGUGGGUGGCGGCCGACCCGGCGUCGCACGAGGUGGAUCUUGUGGUUGAGAUGGUCGGCGGGAAGACGCUGACGGGAUGCUGGUCCGCGGUGAAGGAGGGAGGCGCCAUGGUCUGCAUCAACUCGCCGCCUGAGUCUGGCAAGCCGGAGGGGAUGAAGAAGGAGCUGGCCAAGGCUCUGUUCUUCAUCGUCAAGCCGCUCGGCAGCAACCUGGCCGAGAUUAGCGAGCUGAUCGAGGCGGGCCACGUACGGCCGACGGUCGACAGCGUAUGGGAGUUUGAGGACUUCAAGAAGGCGUUCGCCCGCGUCGAGUCGGGUCACGCCAAGGGCAAGGUCAUCAUCAAGCUCAGCGACGAGGCCUAA